AAGUGAGGUGAGUGUUUUGUGGCGGGCGACUUGUCAUUAGCCUCGGGCGAACGACUGCAGUAGUCAUGAUUUUACCUGGUUGCUCUUCAACCCUCGCCCGUGGCGUUAGUAGUUGGGCGGCUUUGGCCUCGCUGUCGCAGGGGAAGAAACGAGUAAAGAGUCCGGCGUACGGACGGCGGCUGUCCCAAAGCGCAACAGGCGAUAACCGUCGACGGCCACUGGAGGGUGUCAGAGUGCUGGAUUUGACCCGGGUUCUUGCCGGUCCCUUCGCCACCAUGAUCCUUGGCGACCUUGGCGCUGAGGUUAUCAAAGUGGAGAAACCAGGUGGCGGGGACGACACGCGAGCGUGGGGUCCCCCUUUCGUCGGUUCGGAGAGCGUCUAUUUCCUCAGCGUCAACCGCAACAAAAAAAGCGUGGCCGUGGACCUGAAACACCCCAGAGGAGUACGAGUCGUCCAGGAGCUCGCGGAGGUGAGCGACGUAUUGAUGGAGAACUUCCUUCCGGGCAAGCUGUCGGCCUUGGGCUUGGGAUACGAGGAGCUGAGCCGCCGCAACCCGGCGCUGGUCUACUGCUCCGUUUCAGGGUAUGGACAGACGGGUCCUCUUAGCGCGAGCCCGGGCUACGACUCCAUCGCCUCGGCCGUGUCCGGGAUGAUGCACGUCACUGGGUCGGAGGGCGGCGAACCGGUUCGACCCGGCGUGGCCAUGACGGACCUGGCCACCGGCCUGUACGCGCACGGCGCCGUCUUGGCCGCUCUGCUGCAGCGCCGGCAGACGGGGAAAGGCGCGCACGUGGACUGCGACCUGCUGUCCUCUCAGGUGUCGUGUCUCAGCCACAUCGCCGCCAACUUCCUCAACGGCGGGAAGGAGGCCAAGCGUUGGGGGACGGCCCACGAAAGCAUCGUUCCCUACCAGGCUUUCGAAACCAAAGACGGGCACUUGGUGGUGGCGGCGGGAAACGACCGGCAGUUUGUCAAAGUGUGUCAGGUUUUGGAGCUUCCCGAUCUCGGCCGACAACCUCGGUACUCGACUAACCGGCUCAGGGUUCAGAAUCGUCAACGGCUGGUCGGAGAGCUAGCGCAAAGAUUCCUGCAAGAGACGACGUCCGAUUGGCUGAGACGCUUCGAAGGCUCCGGCGUUCCCGUCGGACCCGUCAACAGCAUCCGACAGGUCUUCUCCGAACCCCAGGUGAAACACAACGGGCUCAUUCAGGAGAUGACGCAUCCCACCGCAGGACCCAUCGCCGUUCCUGGUCCGGCGGUUCGCUACAGCGGCUUCUCCCAAUGCCGCGCCGCGCCCCCUCCCGUCAUCGGCCAGCACACCGUUCAGGUGUUGCGGGACGCCCUGGCCUACGACGACCGCGUCAUCCGGCAGUUGCUGGAUGCGGGAGCGGUGGCCCAGAACCGGCUUUGUUGAAAGAUGGCAAAUCGACGAGCCUCCUGAUAACUCGCUUGAAGUGAGUUUAUCGCUAGCAGACGCGAGAGGGUUAGCCACCAGCUUCAAAUGGAUUUGCUGUCAUUGGCGGCCAAUGAGUUCACCUUGGCGGUGUCUGCUUGUUCAAAAGCAAAAUUGUGCUUAAAACUAUUGGCGAUGGUAGAGAAUGUCACUUUGACACCAAAAUAUGUACGACUUUUAUGACUUUGAUGUUUUGGUGGUAAAUAGGAGAGUCAAAUAUCGAAAUGCUUUGUUUUACAGAUUGAAAAAUAGUGAUUUUUUUUUUUUUAAACUCAUUGGCUCCAUUUUGACUGGAAGACACCUUAUACAGUAUGUUUUGGUAGAGAUUUACCGAAAUGGUUUUUUCAGAACUGACACCUAUUAAGAGUAGGGAGGGGGUGAUAACCCAUUUUUGGAGCCAAUAUUCAAUUGCAGUAAAAAAUGAAUAAUGCAAACACUGAACUUCAUUGAAAUGCCUAAAGAAUGUUUGUUUCAUUACAUAAAUAGAAAACAAUAACUCCAGAAGAACCUGAAUUUCCUAGACCCCAACAUAUUUUAUAAAGUUGAAUAAAAUGUUAUAUAAAUAGCUCUGAAAAUUUUCCACAGCAAAUACAAGGAGUGCUUGUAAAGUUCAAUCAAAACUUGGCUUUUUUCAAAACAAAAUGUCAAUAUAACUGAAAUAAUUUGACUAUGAUAUACUGAUGUAUGUAAUGACUCUUUGUGUUUUUUCAUUGCAAGCAAAAUAAAUGAAGAUAUGACUACCAAAGCAUUUGUAAUUGCAAUCAUUUUCUGGGAAAAAUUGAGCAUUAUCUGACAGAAGUGCUGGGGUGCCAAUACUUUUGGCCAGCAGUGUAAAAAAAUCAAUGAAAAUAAAAAGAUGAAAU